AUGGAGGAGAAUAUGCUCGAGUUGGACUGCACGGUGAUUACGCCGGAGUUGGUCCUCAAGACGAGCGGACAUGUGGACAAGUUUGCGGAUUGGAUGUGGGAUUACCUGCGUGCGGAUCACUUGGUUGAGAAUGUGCUGAAGGCGCGGAUUGAGCGUGGCACCAAGGGACUGACCAAAAACUCCGCCAAAUUGGACGGAGGGACUGCCGCGGAUGCCUACGAUUUGACUGUCCACUCGGCCUACACUGGGUCCCCUUUGAUCGUCAAGGAGGCUCUCUCAAAGCCAGUUAAGGUGGAAGAGUGGCAGGCUACCCUUGACAAGAAGCUCAUCGGCCCGCGGUUGAAGAAGGAUGCCAAGGUCAUCCAGAGUGUAGUGGAAGCUCUGGAUCAGCCUACUCUGGAGCGUCUGGCUUUAGAGGUUGCGGAGAAGGGUAUUGUGUCUAUCGACACUCCGGCGCUUGGUGAUGGACGGACAUCUGUGGAGUUGUCGAAGGAACUCUUGACCAUCGCCAAGGUUACCCGCGCCCAGAACACACGGGUGUACACCCCCAACGUUAUUGAGCCGUCGUUUGGCAUUGGGAGAAUCCUCUAUUGUGUCUUGAAACAGACGUAUUGGCAUAGGCCUGGUGAUGAGGCCCGCGCAUUAUCCGCCCGCCUUCAUUCUCUGGGGAUUUCCAAUAUUGCGGACUCGUCGAGUGCCUCUAUUGGCAAGAGAUAUGCCCGGAAUGACGAAUUGGGCACGCCCCUCGGUAUCACGAUCAACUUUGACACCGUGAAGGAUGGGUCGGUAACAUUGAGGGACAGGGACUCCACGUCUCAAGUCAGGGCUUCGGAGGACGGGGUCGUUCAGGCUAUCAAGAAUAUGGUGAACGGCAUGGAGACUUGGGAGGAGGUUUCAAAGAGGCUGCCGGCAUUUGUUGGUCAGGCGGAGUAG